CAUUCUCCUCUCACUCGGAACUCGGAAAUAGUUCUCCAUCCCAACCUUCUCUUCUCCCCUCUCUUCUCUCCCGCGCGUUGCCUCGAACCGGAAGCGAGCUCUACAUCCGUUACAGCGCUUGGUGUUUGAGAGACGAUCAGUCCAUCGUCGACCAAUGGAUCCAUGGGUCAGCAGCCAGCCUUCGCUGAGCCUCGACCUGCACGUCGGCCUCCCGCCGAUGGGGCACCACCAGGCGGCGCCGAUGGUGGCGCUGGCCAAGCCCAAGGUCCUCGUCGAGGAGAACUUCAUGCAGCUCAAGAAGGACCCUGAGGUUGCGGUUCUUGAGUCGGAGUUACAGCGUGUGAGCGAGGAGAACCGCCGCCUGGGCGAGAUGCUCAGGGAGGUGGCCUCCAAGUACGAGGCCCUGCAGGGCCAGUUCACCGACAUGGUCACGGCCGGCGCCCACGCCGGCGGCAACAACAGCCACUACAACAACCAGCCGUCCUCCGCGUCGGAGGGCGGGUCGGUGUCGCCGUCGAGGAAGCGCAAGAGCGAGGAGAGCCUCGGCACGCCGCCGCGGCCGUCGCAGCACCAGCAGCAGCACUACGCCGGCGGCCUCGCGUACGCGGCGGCGCCGGACCAGGCGGAGUGCACGUCGGGCGAGCCGUGCAAGCGCAUCCGGGAGGAGUGCAAGCCCGUCGUCUCCAAGCGCUACGUCCACGCCGACCCCUCCGACCUCAGCCUGGUGGUGAAGGACGGGUACCAAUGGCGCAAGUACGGGCAGAAGGUGACCAAGGACAACCCCUGCCCCCGAGCCUACUUCCGCUGCUCCUUCGCCCCCGGCUGCCCCGUCAAGAAGAAGGUGCAGAGGAGCGCCGAGGACAAGACCAUACUGGUGGCGACGUACGAAGGCGAGCACAACCACACCCAGCCCCCGCCGUCGCAGCCGCAGCAGCAGAACGACGGCUCCGGCGCGGGCAAGAACGCCGGGAAGCCGCCCCAGGCGCCGACUGCCACGCCUCACCACCCGCAGCAGCAGCACAAGCAGGAAGCGGCAGCGGCCGCCGUCAGCGGCGAGUCGGCCGUGGCGGCGUCCGAGCUGAUCCGGCGCAACCUGGCGGAGCAGAUGGCCAUGACGCUGACGAGGGACCCCAGCUUCAAGGCGGCGCUCGUCUCCGCGCUCUCCGGCCGGAUCCUCGAGCUAUCGCCGACCAGGGACAUCAAUUAAUCCCCACAUCGGAAGACACCGCGCGGCUCAAAUUUUCUUGCGGUGGUCGACCACUUUCCUCCGGCAUUGCUGCCUUCCUGCCUCUGCCGCCUCCGUCAAAACCUCACAGAAAAACCAGCGGGAACCGGACCGCCUGACCAACGACGAGGACGCGACCGGCUCCGGCGAGCCGGGAACGGAGCCGCCGCCGCCGCUGCUCGUGUAAAUACAUACAUCGCCAACACGAGGGCUGCGAGGGAGGUCGUAGGGGCUGUUUGGGCCACACUUUGCUACACCUAACCUUAGAUAUGUUUGAUCAAGUUAGGUAGGUGUUUGGUUCUAGCCAUACUUGAGGCAAGGAAUUUUUUAUGAGCAGUGAACCCCACAUGUCAUAGACGCAAAGAAUGUGGCAAGAUUCUCUUAGGCAAGCCAAAGUGUGGCUAACAAUUUAAGCAACUCAAGUAAGGCAAGCGUGGCAAAAAUCAUGUGGCAACAUAUGACAAAGAUAGUCACAAUCCAAACAACCCGUAGUAGCUAGCCAGUCAUUCAGGAACACGCGAAAGUGUGCAAUCUUUUUCUUUUUUCCUUAUUACUAGGCGAAAUAUUCGUUCCAUAAUUUCCAUGGAACUCGAUUCGAUUCAAUGAGAAAAAUCAAAGUCACCGUACAUUCCCAGUUCAA